CAGAGCUUGAAAUAGGACGCAGUUAUUAAAGUUAAUUAUUACUUUAUUUUUUUGUUUACAUGUACCCGCUGAGAUAAGUUCAGAAGAAUAUCCACACGGCUUCAAAGUUCUAAAGAGACGAAUCCACAGAGCUAAUGCACUGUGGGUUUAUUUCGCCGGUUGUCUUCGAAUGCUAAAUAAGCCAAUAUUGCAAAAUGAAUCCCUGUGUGUUGCCCACGCCUGUGCCUGAUUUAGACGGCGACAAGCGUUGGCACAGUAUACAUCGCCGGUUUCUGUCCGACUGCCGUGAAAAAGACCCUGACGUCAUAUUUCUGGGCGACUGCAUUUUCGAGACACUGCAAGACGGCGAGGCGUGGAAUAAGUAUUUUGCUCCACUGCACUGCCUUAACUUUAGCAUACGUGACGACUGCACAGAGCAUGUACUUUGGCGCAUCGAAAAUGGCGCUCUUGACAAUGUUAAUCCGAAAAUAGUUGUCUUGCAUGUCGGCACCAACAAUGUAAAUAAUAGUGCCAACGAGGUGGCCGAAGGUGUUCUCGCAAAUGUCUCGAUGAUACGCCAAAAGCUUCCAAACGCCUACAUCCUGCUGCCGUCACUACUGCCACGCGGACAGCUGCCUAACAAGUUGCGUGAGAAGAACGCCAGCAUUAAUGAAUUGAUCAAUGAAAUGACCAAGAAACUAAAUCGUGUCCAGACAGUGGCCAUCGACAAGGGCUUGGUGCAGAGCGACGGUAGCAUAAGUCAUCACGACAUGUUUGACUAUAAAAAUCUCACAAAUGCGGGCGCCAAAAAGAUCCUUGAACCGCUCUACGAUUUGCUUUCGCAAAUUCUCAAUGAAAACGAACCAGAAGGCGAUCUCACUCCCUCCGAAUGAAUAUGCCGGAUGAUGCAUGGAGUACCGAUGACUGUAUUUGAAUGCAAAAUUUUUGCCUCUUCGAAAAAUCUCAAACAAGGGGUCGGAGAAGCCUGCAAACUACAUACCACAAUCAACACACAAAUUCCCUCUUACUCACUCUCAUCAAUAAACCAUCGCGAAUACAAAUAUGUUUCCCACACAUCCUAUGUUUAAGAUAUUAUAAUUACUAAAUUUGGAGUAAAAUGCGUAAAUAUGUUAACAUUUGCAUUGAACAUA